AUCAACUCUGGCAGCUCAUACUCUGUCGCACCCGAUUUCGUGACUGGGUCUUGUUUGAACGCCCGUUUGAUGACCUUCAGUCCAGUCGCCUCGUCGCUCGAACGGUCAUAAUCAUCAUCCACCCCCACCUUCAACAUCCUCGACUCGGUUUAGCCCGCAACUAUCGGAACAACUUGAUAGACAUCCUCUGAUCAUCUUUGGCAGCUCUCUGUCCUCCUCGAAGUCUGUUCUUCUCCCCGUCAAUCCCGUCAUCCGACAGUCCUUUCUUUAUUUCCAUUCGCCACACUAUACCAGCAAUCAUGUCUUCCAUUCGUUCAGGCAACAACACCCCUUCGCUAAACAACGGCAGACAAGCAACAUCGACGGCGUCGUCUUCGAAUGGACACCUUAUCCUGAAGAGGCAGCUUAUGGAACUGCGCAAGAGGCCGGUCGACGGGUUCUCGGCAGGUCUGGUGGACGAUGACAACUUGCUGGAAUGGGAGAUCAUGAUCAUGGGACCGGCUGAUACGCUCUAUGAAGGAGGAUUUUUGAAAGCUCGAUUGACGUUCCCCGAAGAGUACCCCUUGCUGCCUCCCAAGAUGAGAUUUCUGACCGACAUGUGGCAUCCGAACAUUUUUGCCGAUGGGACUGUCUGCAUCUCGAUUCUGCACGCGCCUGGUGACGACGUCUAUGGAUACGAGGAUGCUGGGGAGCGGUGGUUGCCAGUGCAUUCAGUGGAGACGGUGCUCAUCUCGGUCAUCAGUCUGUUAUCGCAAGACGUGCCCGAUCUCAACUCGCCCGCCAAUGUCGAUGCUGCCAAGCAGGUGCGAGAGGACUUUGCUGGUUACAAGAAGAAGGUCCGACGAUUGGUUCGACGCUCGGCAGACGAAGCAUACGACUGAAGAGAGGACGCUCAGGUCCAGCCAGCCAGCCAGCCAGCCAGCCAGCCAG